AUGGCUUCCAUUACUGCUCAACGAGUAAAGCAAUUCAUGUGGAAGAAAGUGGUAUGUCACUUCAAGAUUCCUCGGGUUCUAAUUUCUGAUAACGGCACUCAGUUCACUGACCAAUCUAUCCAGGAAUGGUGCCAAGAGUUGGGAAUAAGGCAGCAUUUCACUUCGGUGGCCCAUCCGCAAGCCAACGGCCAAAUCGAGCUCACUAACAGAACUUUGUUGCAUGGUCUAAAGGCAUGCAUGGAGAAGGAAGAUGGCAGCUGGGUAUCUACGGGCAAGACUCCUUUCAGCCUAUGUUAUGGUUCGAAAGCAUUGAUCCAAAUCGAGAUAGGAGUGCCUACCCUAAAGGUGGAGCUCUUCAACCCGAAGUCCAAUGAGCAGAAUCUGAGAGGCAAUCUAGACCUCCUUGAUGAACUUAGUGAUCAGGUCGUUCGCGCCUUUCGUGGCAUCCAGUUCCUCCCCGAGCUUAGAGUUAGCCAGCUCAACAGACUUGGUAAGAAUGUGUACAUUGUGCUCAAAGUCUACCAGCUUAGAAGAGAGGGGCUCAAGCCCUUAGAGCCUUUCAACUUCGGACUCCAAGGAAGCAAUACGGGCCUGGAACUUUGA